AUGGCUCCCGCAGGCCUUCCCCGCGCCCAGCCCGUCCGGGUCGGGGAGUGGGCGAAGCUGGAGCUGAGGGCGCUGCAGGCCGCGACCCCAGGCGCUGGGCGAGCACACCACAGCAGGCCCGGGCCUAGGCCCUUCCACGCCAACCAAGCCCGCGGCGGCGGCGGCGGCGGCGGCGGCGGCGGCGGCGGCGGCGGCGGCAGCGGCGGCGGCGGCAGCGACUCCGCCCCCGCAGGCAGCUCCAAUCGAGCUCCGCGCUCACUGUGCAGGCACCGCCAAUCGACAGCGGAUCGCUGGGAAACGGCGCGCCCAGCCGCCUGCCAGACGAGCGGCGACCGAAGCGCCGUCAAGGAGAUGACGCGCAAAGUGGGCGGCGGGGCGUCCCGCGCGUCGGCGGGGGAAGUCGGUCGGAGGCGGGGCCGGGGUUUGCCGCGCUGGGGCCUCGGGCGCCGCCCCCGCGCGGGCGAGCGGCGACUCCGCGGGGGCCGGCCGAGCUCCGCGCCCCGGAGGGCGGGAGAUACAGGCGUCGGCGGUUUGUAAAGGCGCUCGGAGCUCGGGCCUUUGUCGGCGGGCGGCGGUACCCCGAGCACCAGCGCCCGCCGCAGUCCCCCUCAAUAGCGGCCUGCGCGGAGGCUGUGGUCGCUCGGAGCGUGCCCUUCCGGGCGUCAGCUCCGCGGGGACCGAGGCCCAGCCGCGGCUCUGGAGCCAGGAUGCCCCACGCGGUGUUUGAAUAUAGUUGACGCUUGACAGAAACGUUCGCGACCAGGAAAUAAGGCACCUCAUCUGCUUCUGAAGGUGACUCAGGAAGUUGACCUCUUUGAGGCUUGUGACCAGCAACGCAAAGCCAACGUAGGAAAUGGAAAUAGCCUGUUAUCGAUACUAGAGGAGAGAAGCACGUGUGCACAUGUGCAUGUGCGGA